UUGACUUUCAAAACUUCAAACUGUAUAAUAGUUGAAUUAAAUUAACUCCAAUGGCAGCAAGACUCCUGGUCUUAUUACACUUGAUAACUCAUGUGUUAACCGCUGAAGAAAUGUCUCCUAAAAUUGUAAUUAUCGGUGCUGGUGCAUCAGGAGUCGCAGCAGCUUCAAGAUUGCUUCAGAAUGGAUUCAAUAAUAUUACAAUUCUCGAAGCGGAAAAUCGAAUCGGAGGAAGAGUUUGCUCUAUUAAAAUAGGUGAAUAUUUAGUGGACAUAGGAGGUGAAUGGGUUGUUGGUGAGAAGAACAACGUCGCAUUUGAGUUAGCUUCUCCGUUGGGACUUCUAGAAAGAUCGGCUGAUCAUAAAGAAUUAAGCUUCGUUUUAAAACUUUUCGAUUCUAAUGGAGAAGAAAUACCCUCUGAGAUAUUUGAUCCCUUGAUUAAGUAUUUACAAAAUGAAGAAGAUUCUGUAACGGAGAAUACAACUGGCUCUUAUGGAGAACUUGCAGAAAAAGAAAUAAAUAAAUACGUAAAAGCUCAUCCAGAAAUCCCUACAAGUUUGUAUGGACCGCUGAUGCACUUUUUAAACAUGUUAAAAAUGUCUGAACAUGGCGGAGCUACUUGGAACGAAGUUUCAGCGAAAGGGGUUCGAUUUUAUGACAAUAUUCCAGGAGAUCCGGUAAUUAAUUGGAAGGAAAGAACUUACACUACUAUUUUGGACAUACUUAUGAAAAAAUAUCCGAAUCCGGAGGAAGAAUUACCUGUGAAGAAUAUAACAAAGUUUAAUACAAAAGUUACUGAGAUAAAAUAUGAAGAAACUCCUGUAAAAGUAAUCACUGCUAAUAAAGAAGAAUACUUGGCUGACCAUGUAAUAGUUACAGUGUCUUUAGGAGUUCUUCAGAAGAAUAUCGACACACUAUUUAAUCCAAAAUUACCUGAAAAGAAACAUAAUGCAAUUAAGAAUCUCUCUUUUGGAAGCACGGCUAAAAUAAUUCUUUACUAUGAAAAUCCUUGGUGGUUAAAUGAUCCAGUUCAUGCGAGGGGAAUUUUGUGGACUGAAGAAGAUAGAAAAGAAAUAGAAGAUGAUCCACAAAAGAGAUGGCUGCUUGGAAUUUCUUCGGGAAUACGAGUGGAACACAAACCGAAAUUGCUCUUAUUUUGGGUCACUGGGCCUUAUAUAAGAGAAAUGGAAACGCUGCCGGAAGAAAUCUUUCAAGAACAAGUUAAAGAAUUUAUGACGCGGUUUUUUGGAAAAGCUUACAACCUCACGGAGCCUAAAAUUAUCAAGAGGAGUUUUUGGAACACCAAUGAAAAUUUCCUUGGGGUUUAUACCUUCUACGGAUUACAAACAGACGUAUCUGGUCCUCAUACUGAAGAUUUCGUUGAUCCAAUCAUGAAAUCCGACAAGCCGGUUUUGCAAUUUGCUGGUGAAGCAACUACUUCUCAUUACGGCAUGGUUCAUGGUGCUAUUGAAACUGGGUUUAGAGAAGCUGAUCGAUUAAUUAAUUACUACAGUAAAAAUAAUUAAAAUGACAAAAACAAAUU